GUCAGAAUCUGUGCUUUUAAAUGAUUUACCCACGCCAUAGAAUUCAGUACUCCCGGAAUAUGCAAACAAAACAAAGAUAAGUUGAUGUUCCCAAUGCCAGUGGCUGUGUAUAUGCUUGUAUGUUCGUAUACUCGUGUGUAGGGCAUGCUGUCUUCGCAAGUCACUUAUCAUGCUAUUGUGUUUCUGUAUCAGUUCAUCUUUGUCCGCUGCUAUCUGUCAGAAAUUUUUUCACUGGCAAUCCAGAGACAGAAAGAAGUGUGAUUCGGCAGCACAAAGAACCUUUGUAUGGAAUAUGCACACACAGUACGACCUCUGUCGAUUUAUGUACUGGCGGAACAUCACAAGGUAAAUUGUAAUGGAUUUCCUGGGACAGCUUCGGCUUCUCCUGUGGAAGAACUUCCUUCUAAGAAAGAGACAAAAGGUCCGACUGGUUAUUGAGUUGAUAUGGCCUCUUUUCCUGUUCUUCAUUCUGGUCUGGGUUCGUUCAACAAAUCAACCUUUUUACAAGGGACAAUGUCAUUAUCCUAAUAAGGCCAUGCCAUCAGCUGGUGUAUUGCCAUGGUUACAAAGCAUGAUGUGCAAUAUUGACAACCCUUGUGUAAACUAUCCAACUCCAGGAGAGACACCAGGACAAGUCAACAAUUUCAAUUCAUCCAUACUUGCUGGAAUGCUGAUUGAACUGCAGUCAACGAUAUCAAACAAGACCGUCCUUUCCAAAUUUCGGCAGCUUUCCAAUGAUAUCAACCAAUUGACUUUGCUUUUGCAGAAUACCAACCCAGGAAAUGGCCGUCCUGUCCCUCUGAGAAGGGUUUUGAAAGACAAUGAGACUUUCACCAGAUAUUUGAAGGAGAAUCUUUCAAUUUCAGCAUCAGACGCGGAAAGCAUAAUGUCAGCACAAAUAAGGCCCAGUAAGGUAAUGGGUCUUUCAAUGGAUGAUAACCUGAAGGACAUCCUUUGCAAUGGGACAGUGCUGGAGUUUAACUCAACAGCUGACCAAGAGACCUUUGAGAAAAUCAGCUGCUCCCUCACACCGAAAGAGAUUACAGAAACCGGGAACGUUUUCCGACAAAACGUGGAUUCACAAAAGCUAGCCUCAACUUUUGCCCAAGCUACGAAUUUGAAUCCAGCUGAAACCUUUGGAUUGGUUAGAAAAACAACUGCAGAUGUGUUGCCAGUGCUUCAGGAGAUUUCCAAGCUGCAGAAUUCGAUGCUGCUUAAUGCAGCCAAUUCGCUGGAUUUCAGAUCAGAUAUGAUUGGCAGCAUAAACUUACUGCUGUGCGGCAAAGAGCCAAACAUUAACUCUACGAACUCCAGAAACAUAUCCACUUCGGGAUUCAUGGCAAACUUCACAAAAAACGAGACGCAGACAAACCCCAAUAACAAUAGCUCCAGUGAUUUUUGUCAGACGCUUGUCGACACCCUGGAGAAUACGCCUGGACUACGUUACGCGUGGAGCACAUUUCGACCGCUGCUGCAAGGGAAGGUCCUCUACACUCCCGACACAGUUGCCACCAGACUCAUUGUGAAAGAGGCAAACAAGACCUUCAACGCAAUAGCAAUGUUGAAAGAACUCGCUGGAGCCUGGGAAACGCAGGGGCACAAAAUUUGGGAUUUCAUGCAGGACGGAGCACAGAUCAAUUCACUGCGGGCCUUGUUGAAGAACCCCGCGUUCGCCACCGCCCUGAAUCUGCAGUUGGGCCGGACGGGGUGGACGGCCGAGAGCCUCGCCAACUUCCUGUACAACGGGCCUCCGGAGGACCGCCCCCCCGGAAUGCCUGCCAACGACUGGAGAGACGUCUUCAACAGCACCAGCAAAGCCCUGGAGAUGCUCGCCCAAUUCAUAGGGUGCCUCGACCUUGAUAAGUUUGAAGCUGCCCCCACAGAAGCGAUCCUGGUUGAGGAGUCCCAACUGCUGCUGAAAGAGGAGAAGUUCUGGGCCGGAAUUGUUUUUGAAGACAUCGCCCCGCAAGCCAGUCACCCCCCACCUUUGGUAAAAUAUAAAAUCAGGAUGGACAUCGAUGAAGUCGAGAGAACAAAUAAAGUGAAAGACAGGUCGUGGGCCCCAGGCGCCCGGGACCACUCUUACAACGACAUGCGCUACGUGUGGGGAGGGUUCGCCUACCUGAAGGACAUGAUCGACCACGGCAUCAUACGGACGCACACGGCCAAGUCCCAGCCACUCGGUGUGUUCGUGCAGCAGAUGCCCUACCCCUGCUACGUGGAUGACGGCUUCAUCCGAGGCAUCGGGGGCAUGCUCCCCAUGUUCCUGGUGCUGGCGUUCAUGUUCACGGUCUGCAUGACCAUGAAGGGCCUGGUCCUGGAGAAGGAGCUCCGGCUAAAGGAGGUCCUGAGGGCGGUGGGCGUGGGGAAUGGCCCCCUCUGGCUGGCUCGCUUCAUCGAAAACUUCGCCCUGCUCGUGGUCCCCUGCGCGAUCAUAAGUGUCAUGGUCAAGUACGGGAAAGUCCUGCGCUACAGCGACCCCUCCGUGAUCUUUGUUUUCCUGCUGGUCUUCUGCAUCGCCACCAUCAUGCAGUGCUUCAUGAUCAGCGUCUUCUUCUCCAAGGCCAACCUGGCCGCGGCCUGCGGCGGGCUGAUCUACUUCGUGCUCUACCUCCCCCACGUGCUGGCCUUCGCCUGGCGCGAUGUCAUGGCCUUCCGAGUCAAGAUCUUGGUGAGCCUCCUGUCCUGUGUGGCCUUUGGCUAUGGCUGUGAGAACUUUUCACGCUAUGAGGAGCAAGGCAUUGGCAUUCAGUGGAGCAACAUCGCGUCGAGUCCGGAAGAAGGGGAGCGCUACUCCUUUUUGGUUUCCAUCAUCAUGAUGCUCGUUGACUCUCUCAUUUACUGGCUGAUCACCUGGUACAUCGAGAAUGUAUUCCCAGGGCAGUUUGGGAUACCCAAACCUUGGUAUUUCCCUUUCUCUGCAUCCUAUUGGUGUGGGACGUCUGUAACCCUAGACGCUGGCCCAGAUUUGCUGAAAGUCUCGGGGGAACUGAAUGAUUACAUGGAACCAGCACCACCAAACAUGAAAGCAGGGGUGUCCAUCAGGAACCUUGUGAAGAUCUAUAAGACUGGAAAGAAGGUGGCGGUGGAUGGCCUGAGCAUGGACUUUUACGAGGAUCAGAUAACCUCUUUCCUCGGACAUAACGGAGCGGGGAAAACGACCACAAUGUCUAUUCUGACAGGACUUUUCGCGCCAACGUCAGGAACUGCUUUCAUAGACGGAAAAGACAUCCGCACGGACAUGGACUCCAUCAGGAAGCACUUGGGGAUGUGUCCCCAACACAACGUUUUAUUCAAUGAGCUGACAGUGGAAGAACAUAUUUAUUUUUAUGCGCGUUUGAAAGGAAGGAGCUCAAAAGAAGUGAAGAGUGAGAUGGACCAAAUGAUUAAAGAUGUUGGUUUGCCACACAAACGCAAAGAACAAGCCAAAAACCUGUCUGGUGGGAUGCAGAGAAAACUUUCAGUGGCCAUAGCUUUUGUCGGAGGGUCAAAAAUAGUCAUCCUGGAUGAGCCUACUGCUGGUGUGGACCCCUAUGCUAGAAGAGGAAUAUGGGAACUCUUGUUAAAAUACAAACAAGGUCGCACCAUCAUCCUGUCCACUCAUCACAUGGACGAGGCCGACAUCCUGGGAGACCGAAUCGCCAUUAUCUCCCACGGGAAGAUGUGCUGCGGGGGCUCCUCCCUCUUCCUGAAGAAGUGUUUCGGGAGCGGGUACUACCUCACCCUGGUCAACGCGGGAACCGAGAAGAUGUCCACGCAGCGCGAGGGCAUCACAAAGCAGAAUCACAACUGUGGCUCCACUCGAAGUUACAGCCCGGAUGAAGGCAUUGGAAGCCCGAUUGAGAGUGACGAAGACCUUACAGGCAUUAAAGCAGUCAGCCUUCUACUGUGGAGACACGUGCCGGAGGCGGUGUUCCUCGAGAGCAUCGGUCAGGAGAUCACCUACAUCCUGCCGUACGGCGGGGCUCGCGAUGGCACGUUCGCCCGUCUCUUCCAGCAGCUGGACUCAGAGAUGGCGAGCCUGGGCAUAGCGAGCUACGGGAUUUCAGACACCACUCUGGAGGAGAUCUUCCUGAAAGUGGCAGAAGACACAGGUGUAGAUGUGGAAAUGCCAGAUAAAAAGGAUACAUUAGUAAGAGACUGGAAGAGAAGUUCAAGAGAAUCCAAACGUCGUAGUAUAGCCAAUGCCGGUUCGAGUUCUGAGAACUUAAUUUCCAAAAGUGAGCUGAAGGGAAAAUUUGCGAAUCGAGUUGAAGUGUCGGAGAGGGUCAGGAGCAACAACGGGAAGGGCUCCAGAGUGAUCACUGGAUGGAAGCUGAUCCGGAGGCAGUUCCUGGCGCUCUUCAUCAAACGAUUCCACCAUGCUCGCCGGAGCCGCAAGGGACUGAUCGCACAGGUGGUGUUGCCUGCGGUUUUUGUGUGCCUGUCCCUCAUCUUCUCCCUGAUCAUGCCACCGUUUGCGGAGUACCCCAGUUUGGAGCUGCAGCCUUGGAUGUACGGAACGCCGCAAAACACAUUCUUCAGCAAUGAUGCCCCUGAUAACAUAGAAGUGGCUCGUGUGGCAGACUCCCUAGUGAAUAACCCAGGAUUUGGAACACGGUGCAUGGAAAAUAAUCCCAUACCGAAACUGCCAUGUGCUGCAAAUGGAUCAGAUUGGACUACUCCCACUGUUCAUCCUUCCAUCUCUGACAUCUUCGUCAAUGGAAACUGGACAAUGGCCAAUCCCUCUCCUUCCUGCCAAUGCAGCACCCCCAGCAGGACCAUCAUGCUCCCUGACUGCCUUCCAGGUGCCGGGGGCUUGCCCCCUCCGCAGAGAAUACAGAACACAACAGAUACCCUCCACAAUCUGACUGGCAGGAACAUGACUGACUUUCUAUUGAAGACCUACGAGCGGUCAGGCAAAAUCAGGUUCGGGGGAAUUUCUGUCGGAGGAGUGAACUCGCAAGUCAAAAUGAACGAAACUGAAAUUUCCGACUUUCUACGGGAGCUGAAAAGCCUCUUCAAUUCCACCCAGGAUGGCGAAACCGAUCAGAUUUGGCAGAAUGCAGAGACGUUAAUGAAAGAGCUUGGAACGAGGGAUAAUGUCAAGGUGUGGUUCUACAACAUGGGGUGGCACGCGAUGGUGUCUUUCAUCGGCGUGGCGAGCAACGCCAUCCUGCGGGGCAACCUGCCCGCCGGGCACAGGCUGAGAGAGUACGGAAUCUCCACCGCCAACCACCCCCUCAAUCUCACCAAGGAGCAGCUGUCGUUCGCCGCUCUGGCCACCACCUCCACGGACGUCGUGGUGUCGAUCUGCGUGAUAUUCGCCAUGUCCUUCAUACCCGCCAGUUUCGUGCUCUUCCUGAUCCAGGAGAGGGUCAGCAAAGCCAAGCACCUGCAGUUCGUCAGCGGUGUAAACCCGGCAGUCUACUGGGUCGCCAACUUCGCCUGGGACAUGUGCAACUACAUUGUCCCGUGUGUGAUAGUGAUAGUCAUCUUCCUGUGUUUCCAACAAAAAGCCUACGUCUCCCCACCUAACUUACCGGCGUUGAUCCUUCUCUUAGUGCUUUAUGGCUGGUCAAUCACCCCGAUGAUGUACCCGGCCUCCUUCAUAUUCAGCGUGCCCAGCACGGCCUAUGUGGUGCUGACCUGCAUCAACCUCUUCAUCGGCAUAAACGGCAGCGUGGCCACCUUCGUCAUGGAGCUUUUCGACGAUGAGAAGGUCACCCGCAUCAACGACAUCGUGAAGCAGGUUUUGUUGAUCUUCCCCCAUUUCUGUCUGGGAAGAGGGCUCAUUGAUAUGGCCAAAAAUCAAGCCAUGGCCACACUGUUCAGCGGCUUUGGUGAGGACCGCUUCAAGGAUCCCCUCGGCUGGGACAUGGUGGGGAAGAACCUCUGCGCCAUGUCCAUUCAGGGCGCUGUGAUGUUCUCAUUAACACUGCUCAUUCAGUACAAGUUCUUCUUCAAACCCAGAUCCGUGAGCGGGGUUUCGCAGUCGAAGGAUGAGGAAGAUGAAGAUGUGGCUCGUGAGCGUGUCCGCGUGCAGCAGGGAGGAGCACAACAUGACCUCCUGAGAAUCUGCGACCUGACAAAGGUGUACCGCGGGAAGAAGAAGCCAGCCGUGGAUGGAGUCUGCGUGGGAAUCCCGGCUGCGGAGUGUUUUGGUCUGCUGGGAAUAAAUGGAGCUGGAAAAACCACAACCUUCAAGAUGCUUACCGGGGACAUUGCAGUCUCCGGUGGGGAGGCGUUCCUAAACGGAUACAGCAUUCGUACGCAAAUGAGGGACGUCCAUCAGAACAUGGGGUACUGUCCCCAGUUCGACGCCAUCGACGACCUGCUGACGGGGCGGGAGCACCUCGAACUGUACGCCCGCCUUCGAGGGGUGCCCGAGAAAGAAGUGAAGAUGGUGGCGGAGUGGGGCAUUCAGAAGCUGGGUUUGGUGAAGUACGCCAACAAGUCAGCCGGCACGUACAGCGGCGGAAACAAGCGCAAGCUCUCCACCGCCAUGGCCCUGAUAGGCUGUCCUCCGGUGGUCUUCUUGGACGAGCCCACAACUGGGAUGGACCCCAAAGCUCGCCGGUUCCUCUGGGACUGCAUACUGAGCGUGCUCAAGGAGGGGCGGUCCGUCAUACUAACGUCUCACAGCAUGGAGGAGUGCGAGGCCUUGUGCACGCGGAUGGCCAUCAUGGUCAACGGGCAGUUCAAGUGCCUGGGCAGCAUUCAGCAUCUGAAGAGCAGGUUUGGGGAGGGGUACACGGUGAUCGUGAGAGUGGGCGGGUCCCCUCCAGCCCUGGUUCCCGUGGAAACCUUCAUGACGGAGAUGUUCCCGGGGUGUGUGCUGAAGGAGAAGCACCACAACACCCUGCAGUACCAGCUGCCGGCCACUGAGGGCGCCCUCGCCAGCAUCUUCAGCCAGUUCACAACCCACCAGGAGAGAUUGGCCAUUGAGGAUUACUCUGUGUCUCAGACCACUCUGGAUCAGGUCUUCGUCAGUUUCGCCAGACACCAGCACGAUGAGGAAGACUCCAAGGGAAAGGUGAAUCCGGUGGACGUGCUGGCCGACGAGGUGCCCAUGAAGCCCCUGAAGGACCUGAGUCUCACGGAGAAGGUUUAAGGCUGGAGAAGGACACACGUCCUCCUCUGCUACUAAAGAACAGCUUUAUAGGCUGGGCCAGCACAGGGGCCAGUUAGAGAUUAUUUUUUUGGAAGUAAUAUUUUUUGUUAUUAUUAUAAUUAUUUUUACAUUAAUUAUCUACCUUGAAGUUAUGAAAAAAAUUGAUUUUAAUAAGAUCUUUUUAUCAGUCUUUGCCUGAAAUUUUAAUAUGUUGUUAUAUUUAUCAACUGAAUUAAGAGUUUUAAGCAUGCAACCUUUUUUUAAAAAAAGAGACUAAAGAUAAAGUAUGCCAAAUUUGUAGAACCACAGAAACCCUUUUACUUUGAUGCUGACAGAGAUUUGACCAAAACAGCCCAAAAUAGCACUUCCAUUUAAAGAACAUUAAAAUGCGUUAAUAUGUUUAGUGAGAUUUUAUUCUUUGUAGCCCUUUCUUUCAAAUAUGCAGACUAAUUGACUUUAGAAAACUCAUUAAAAGAUUGAUUGAAUAGGAUAGAGAAGCAUACUCUUAGGAAGAAGCUCAAGAGAAGAUGUGUGAACGUAGAGCUUAAGGCUAUCACUACACCUAUGUCAGCUUUGUGUUCAGUUAUGCUCGUUUCCAUCCUCUCCUCUCUCUCGAACAACACUAAUGUCUGUGGUUCAAAUUGGGACAAACAGCAUACAUCUCUGGCAGAAGGAUUUAUGUCGGAAGUUAAAAAUGUCAACCGAUCACAACUCAAAUUUGAAACUUUGACAACUUUUACUCGACAAUACUGUACGCGCUGCAACACAGGAAGAGGUGAGGAUAUUUACUCUUCCUGUCUGGAAAAGGUUUUUCGUCCAAAAAAUUACGCUUUACUCAGGGCUUUAUGCACAAAUAAAAAUGGUUUUUUUGCCAUUAGCUUUGCGCAUUUUCAGUUAUAAAUAUCAUGUUAAAUGUGUUCUGUGUUUCUGUCAGGGAGGAAAGAGAAAAGUAGUAACCAUACGUGGAUUUUAUGUUUACAUUGGAUUUACCUCCUUCUAGAAGGAGCCACUAAACCUCACACAGAACUCAUUUGCUUGGUAAGCAAUGUCUUGCACUAGGCACUUUCUCAGAUGCAAACAGUGCUUCAUUUUGUGUAUGCAGCUUAAAUAUUAUGGAUUAUUUUGUGAUUCCAGUGUAAUUGAUAUGCCGUCCAAUAUUUCUGCUUUACAAACUUGUUUGCGAGGAGGAAUUAUGAAUCAUAUUUGUACUGAAUAUUGCUUCAUGCCACAACAGAUGAUUAAACAUUUGCACACGCUGUAA